CUCUCUCCGAGGAUCUUUCUUCCUUAUCAGAAAGCUCGCAAAAUUUUGAAGUUGCUCCUUGUCAAAUACAACUUACCCAAACAAUGUCAACAUCACACCUCCGUAUUCCUCCGGCAGAGCCCUUCACCCCUUCUCGUGAAGCCACCGUCUAUCUGCAUACCCCAUUCCACCCCAAAGCAGAGAUCUAUGCUGAGACCAAAUUCAAAAAGGUGUUGCGCCCGAAGGAUGGGAAAGUAGAUGAUCUUAUGAAGCAGAUUGACGGUAUUUUACUCCGAACGGGCGAUGUCACUGCGGAAAUGGUUCUUGCCGCUCCCAAUCUGCGUAUCAUCUCUCGUAAUGGUACCGGCGUCGACAACGUCCCUCUACCCACUUGUCUUUCCCGCGGUAUCGCAGUCACCAAUAUCCCAGGUAGUAAUGCCUUCGCUGUCGCUGAGCUCGCCAUCGCUCUCAUGCUUACCGUUUUACGCCGCGUUGUCGAGGUGGACAAAAGGAUUAGAGGCGGUGAGCGGGUACCAAGUAUAGAAGCGCUCGCACCAGGUCUCGGAGGAAAAAAGGUGGGGUUGGUGGGGAUGGGAGAUAUAGCAUAUGAGCUUGCAAAGCUGCUUCGUGCGUUUGGAUGUGAGGUGCUUAUCCAUUCGCCUUCUUCCCCAGAACUCAGAUGGACUGUGGAAGAUACUCGAUACCCGGUUACUAUCUCUCACACUCGCAUGCCUAGUCUCCGAUCUUUACUUGAACAAUGUGACGUCCUCUCCCUGCAUUGUCCUCUCAACGCGAAUACGAGAUAUAUGAUUGGCCGAGAAGAACUGGGGUGGAUGAAAUCUACCGCGGUUGUGAUCAAUACUGCCAGAGGUGGAAUCAUAGAUGAGCGCGCAUUGGAAGAGGCAUUGAAGGAGAGGAAAAUUGGAGGAGCAGGGUUGGAUGUGUUUGAGAAGGAGCCAGCUUAUGGAGAAAGUCUGGGCGGAUUGAGGGAUUUGGACAAUGUUGUACUUUUGCCUCACUUGGGUGGAAGUACAGACAGCGUCACUCUUGACGGAUGUAUCAAAGCUGUCGACAUCAUGGCAAGUUAUCUCGAUGGGAAAGGGGCGAUCAACCGGGUCAUCUAGAAGCUAGAAGAAAUGGCUAUGUGUACCAUUCAAGGGGAACGGGAUGGAAGCUUUUAAGAGGGAAAUGUUGGUUCAUCUUCAUUCAUCGGUAUAUUUGUUGGACAAGGAAGGUUUGGAAGAUCGAAACUCAGAGAAAGACUAUGUGCAUACUAUGAUCUUUCGAUAUGAGCUAGAUUUGUUGGUUUGGUUGUUUAAAGAAUCGCUGAGUUGUCUUAUUUCAUGCAUGUUUUAGAAUUAGAAUUAAAAUUAGAAUUAGAAUUAGAAUUAGAAGGUAAAGA